UUGACUUGAUCAUCACUAACACACAACUAACCGCCUCUUCCAUUUGGGGUUGGUGGAAGUUGACUGAUAACAGAUUCAAGUUUUCAGCUUUUUACAUCCCAAGAUUCAUAUUUCAACCCAAACCUACUUCCCCAAACCCUAAUACAUUAUAUUCAUUCUUUUAUAGCUACAUUUACUUAAUCCUAACAACAAUUUAUUGAUAACCCAAUACAAAUUAGGUUAAAUUCUUUGAAGUUAGUGGAAAAAGUGUUCAUUCUUUGUUGGGUUUAUCUUAUAUCUUGCAAAGGAGCUUUCUUUUAGAAACUUAACGCUUGAAGCUCCUAAAAGCUUCCUACCAAAAAUAACUCAAAAUGGCGGAAGUAGCAAAGGACUUGACUGCCGGAACAAUUGGAGGGGCUGCACAAUUGAUAGUUGGUCACCCUUUUGAUACUAUCAAGGUGAAACUCCAAAGUCAACCGGUCCCACCACCAGGUCAACUCCCUAGAUAUUCUGGUGCAAUAGAUGCUGUCAAACAAACACUGGCAGCAGAAGGUCCACGGGGUUUGUACAAAGGCAUGGGAGCCCCUCUUGCCACUGUGGCAGCCUUAAAUGCUGUCCUCUUUACCGUUAGGGGACAAAUGGAAGCUCUUUUGAGGUCUCAACCUGGUGUACCCCUAACAGUGAACCAGCAGGUCGUUGCCGGAGCUGGGGCUGGAGUUGCCGUUUCCAUCCUGGCCACCCCAACUGAGUUGAUCAAGUGCAGAUUGCAGGCCCAAAGUGCAGUAGUUGGAGCAGUAGCCGGUCCAGGGGGUAUUGUAGCUGCUGUAGCUAAGUAUAGUGGUCCAAUGGAUGUGGCUAAGCAAGUCUUGAGGUCAGAAGGAGGAGUGAGAGGUCUCUUUAAAGGACUGGUUCCUACAAUGGGUCGUGAAGUCCCUGGAAAUGCAGCCAUGUUUGGUGUUUAUGAGGCCCUAAAGCAGUAUUUUGCUGGUGGGACUGACACUUCUGGUUUAGGCCGCGGAUCAAUGAUCAUAUCUGGAGGUUUGGCUGGUGCUGCAUUCUGGAUUUCUGUUUACCCAACUGAUGUAAUCAAGAGCGCGAUCCAAAUUGAUGACUAUAAGAACCCUAAAUAUUCGGGUUCAGUUGAUGCUUUUAAAAAGAUCCUCAAAGCUGAGGGAGUUGGUGGUUUCUACAAAGGUUUUGGACCUGCAAUGGGAAGAAGUGUACCGGCUAAUGCUGCUUGCUUCUUAGCUUAUGAAAUGGUGAGGUCAAGCUUGGGUUGAUCUUAGUUUCUUAGUUGUCAUGUUAUCCUUUUCAUAAAGAGUGAUUCUUAUACAUCUUUCAUUUACAUUUUCACACAAAGAUGACUUGAUUUCAUGACUUUGAUGUCGUGAAUUGUCUUCACAAAAGUGUAGUCAGCUGCUUCAGGGCUGCCCUUUAACCUUCUGUGUAAUGAAAAAAAUCUUACAAGAGUUUGUUUCCAUUGUA